AUCAAGUUGCUAUUCACGAAGCUAUGGAACAGCAGACCAUAUCCAUCACUAAAGCAGGAGUGAAGGCUACUCUUAACGCCUGGACGUCCAUUUUGGCAGCAGCAAACCCAAUCAGUGGACACUAUGACCGAUCAAAAUAAUUGAAACAGAAUAUAAAUUUGUCAGCUCCCAUCAUGUCCCGAUUUGAUCUCUUCUUUAUCCUUGUGGAUGAAUGUAAUGAAGUUACAGAUUAUGCCAUUGCCAGGCGCAUAGUAGAUUUGCAUUCAAGAACUGAGGAAUCAAUCGAUCGUGUAUAUUCCCUUGAUGGUAUCAGAAGGUAUCUUCUCUUUGCAAGACAGUUUAAACCCAAGAUUUCCAAAGAGUCAGAGGACUUCAUUGUGGAACAGUAUAAACGUCUCCGCUAAAGGGAUGGUUCUGGAGUGACCAAGUCUUCGUGGAGGAUUACAGUGCGACAGCUUGAGAGCAUGAUUCGUCUCUCUGAAGCCAUGGCUCGGAUGCACUGCUGUGAUGAGGUCCAACCUAAACAUGUGAAGGAAGCUUUCCGGUUACUAAAUAAAUCAAUCAUCCGUGUUGAAACACCUGAUGUCAAUCUAGAUCAAGAGGAAGAGGUCCAGAUGGAGGUGGAUGAGGGUGCUGGUGGCAUUAAUGGUCUUGCUGACAGCCCUGCCCCUGUCAGCGGAAUCAACGGCUACAGCGAAGACAUAAAUCAAGAGUCUGCUCCCAAAGCCUCCUUAACGCUGGUCUUCUCUGAGUACUGCCGAAUCUCUAACCUUAUUGUGCUUCACCUCAGAAAGAUGGAAGAAGAAGAUGAGUCAGCAUUAAAGAGGAGCGAGCUUGUUAACUGGUACUUGAAGGAAAUCGAAUCAGAAAUAGACUCUGAAGAACUUAUAAAUAAGAAAAGAAUCAUAGAGAAAGUCAUUCAUCGACUCACACAUUAUGAUCAUGUUCUAAUUGAGCUCACCCAGGCUGGAUUGAAAGGCUCCACAGAGGGAAGUGAGAGCUAUGAAGAAGAUCCCUACUUGGUAGUUAACCCUAAUUACUUGCUGGAAGAUUGAGAUAGUGAAAGUAACUGAUCAGAGCUGAGGAACUGUCGCACACCACCUCCUGGCUGGAGCUCUGGUAGGGACAGAAACGCUUCUGGAAGUGAUGCUUCAAGAUUUGUUUUCAGAAACAAGAACUGACCUGAUGGUCCUGUGUGCCACAUUUGUCACAAGCUUUUAUACCAACAUAGGCUUCAGCACUUCCUUUGGUGUGUUUCCUGUCCCAGUGAAGUUGGAACCAAAUAAUGUGUGGUCUCUAUAAACAAUACCUUUGUUUUGUUUUCAUAGAAA